AAAAGGGACUUUUUGCCUUUAUGGUGCUGCAAAUUAUAUUCACAUAUUUUGCGUCCUGGGUACGACGUUGAACUGCACCCUGGGGCUCCCUUGAGCUAGGAGUAUUACCUUAGCAGCUUCCCGUACCAGGGUUACGGUGAAGCUAUUGGCAGCAGGAUAGUGGAUUGCUCAGAUGGGCACGCUGUGGUGUAACUACGGGACACUGGCCAUCUCACCUUCUGGUGUCUGGCAGAGGUUUGGUCCAACUGAACGAAUGGCAGAGAUCACCUGCUCAGUUAGCGAGCACUGCGGUUGAGGAAAGAGAUUAGGGGCCUCUACCUCUUCCACUCUCUAGCUCCUGAUCACACACAAAAUGGUUGUACAACAAAACAAGACCUCAUACCGCAUCGUCCGUCGCGCGGGUCACCAAGGGACGCGUUAUCCAGUGGGUGACCAGGCUGGACACGACAAGUAUGCUACUGGAAAGCAAAGCCACAAUAUGCGAAACCAGCUGCGUAUUGGCACAUGGAAUGUUCGAAAGAUGAAAGAGCUAGGGAAACUUGAAACAAUCUGCAGAGAAUUGAGUCGAAGCAAAAUCCAGAUACUGGGAAUUGCAGAAACAAAUUGGAACAACUGUGGAAGUUUCGUCCGCAGCGGAGACUCCUUCAAAGUCGUUUACUCUGGAAAAGAAGCCGGAUACAGUCAUGGAACUGCUCUUAUCCUUGCAAAAGAAGCAGCAAAUGCAUUAAUAGGAUACUCGCCAAUACCGGAUAGAAUUCUGAAAGUAUGCAUAAGAGCCAAGCCAUACAACCUGAGCAUUGUGCAGUGCUACGCCCCAACAGGUGCCGCUAGUGACGAGGAUCUAGAGGAAUUCUACAGCCAGUUACAAGAAACCUUAGAUGCAAUACCGAGCCGUGACAUUAAAAUCGUGAUGGGAGACAUGAAUGCCAAGGUAGGAACAGCAAACACAGCAACGUCAACCUAUGGAACAUGCGGACUUGGCAUCAGAAAUGAAAGAGGAGAAUCUCUCAUCGACUUCUGUGGAGCAAACGAACUUGUCAUAGCUAACACGUUAUUCGACCAGCAUCCAAGACGGCUGUACACCUGGACAUCGCCUGACAGAACCAAUAGAAACCAGAUUGACUACAUCAUGAUUGAACAAAAGUGGAAAAGUUGUCUGAAAGAUGCAAGAACUCUCCCAGGUGCCGACUGCAACAGCGACCACCAACUCCUGUCAGCAAAACUCCAGAUGAGACUGAAGAAGAUAGCCCAACCACCACCGACGCUACGUCUAGAUUUCUCAACUCUAGACGAAAAGUAUAAAGUUAAAAUUAACAACAAAUUCCAGGCCCUUUUGGAAUGUGACACUGAGGAAAUUCCUCCUGACAGCCGCUGGAAGUUAGGAAAAGAAUGA